AUGUCUACCAAUGCCAUUCCCGAGGGCAACGUCGGUAACCUGACGACCGAGCAGGAGACGACGCUUCGCAAGUUCUGGGGCACAAUUUUCAAGCUCUAUGAUCUGUACGAGUCCAAGGACCCCGAGAUUCAGGCUGCACUCAAGAACUGCGCCAAUCAGGCUGCUGCCCCCGUUCAAAAGUCUCGCUUCGGCCUCUUUGGCGGCGGCAAGAAAGCCAGCACUGAGGACAACAAUGCCACUGCCCUCAUUGAGAAGCACCUCGAUCUUGGUGCUGCCGAUGAGAAUGACAAGUUUGGCCUUCGCAAGCAAUUCAUGGAGAUGCUUAGCAAGCACUCAGCCGAUUCUUCCCGUGCCAUGAUUCUUGAGGCCUCCAAGCACGACCACCCCGAUGCCCUUGCCCUGCGUUUCCUGCGUGCCCGGAAGUGGCAGGUUGACAAGGGCAUCAUCAUGAUGUUUUCCGCUAUGGACUGGCGCACGUCCAAGUCCAAGGUCGACUCCGACAUCAUGUACCACGGUGACGGCGGCGGUGCCCGUGACGAGAAGAGCUCCGACCCCAACACCAAAGUCCUUGCCCAUGACUUUAUGCGCCAGCUUCGAAUGGGCAAGGGUUUCCUCCACGGCACCGAUAAGUUGGGCCGUCCCAUCAGCUAUGUCCGCGUCCGUCUACACAAGCCAUUCGAUUGCAAGAAUGAGUCUCUUGAGCGCUUCAUUGUGUACAACAUCGAGACGGGUCGCAUGGUGCUGAACCCUCCCAUCGAGACUGCCUGCCUGGUGUUUGACUUGAGUGGCUUCACUCUGGCCAACAUGGACUAUGUCCCUGUCAAGUACAUUAUUCAGUCGUUUGAGGCCAAUUACCCCGAGUCGCUGGGUGUUAUCCUUGUCCACAAUGCUCCCUGGGUCUUCAAGAGCAUCUGGAAGAUUAUUCACGGCUGGCUGGACCCCGUCGUCGCUAGCAAGGUGAAAUUCACCAAUGGCCGCGACGGUGUCGACGGCAUCACCAACCACAUUGCCCCUGACAGGCUGAUCAAGGAGCUCGGUGGUGACCUAGACUGGGAGUACGAGUAUGUGGAGCCAGUCGAGGGCGAGAACGACCUUAUGAAGGACACUGCCACCCGCGACCGCCUCCUGGCGGAGCGCAAGGAGAUUGGUAAAAGAUUCGAGGCUGCCACGAGAAAGUGGGUUCAGGCGUCGACCCCCGAGAGCAACGCCGAGCGCACCAGCCUGGCAAAGGAGCUGACGGUCAACUACUGGAAGCUGGACCCCUACAUCCGCGCGCGCAGCAUGUACGACCGCAACGGCAACCUCCGCGGCGGCAAGAAGGUUGCGUGGUACGACGACGAGAAGGCCGCCGCUGCCGCCGAGGACAAGGCCGGCGACAAUGCUACGGUCAAGUCGGAAGACACGUUUGUUGACGCGGGCAACGACGGUGAGCUGGCGGCUACGGCCAAGGCUGUGGAGGGCCUCAACAUCAACGAGAAGACUCCCUUGGCGACGACUGCCAACGCGGUUGCUGCUUAA